CCCGCCCCUCGCGGCCGCGCCGGCCGGACCCGCUGACCCGGGGCCACUCGCCGGCGGCCCGGGCUGGCCCCGCCGCCCCGCUCCGCCCCCGGGCGCCCGAUCAGCUGCGAUGCUUCAAUCUCUGCGCCCAGAAGAGAACUUUGCUACCAAAAUCAUUGUUUCCAGCUGGAUGCACCUGAAGUGACCAGUGGCCAUGGAAACGGGCUGCACGGAGGAGCCUGCCUGGACCAGAUCACAGUCGGUGGUCUGCGGGCAGCGGGAGGGAAGCAACCAGCAGCAGGCGGAGAACGGGGACGGGCUGCCUGAGCAGGGCAAUGCCUCCGUCGCAGCUGGGGAGCUGCAGCAGCCUCAGCCACCCCCUGGCAAGCUGAAGAAAACGGCUUUCAAACUGUUUGGAGGGAAGAGGAGCAUCUGUACGUUGCCCAGUUUCUUUGGAGGCAGAAACAAAGGCCAGGGGAAGGUAGCCUCUAAAAAGGGCCUCAGUAAGUGUAAGACCCACGACGGGCUCAGUGGUGCUGCGUAUGACAAGGGCAGUGGGGCGCAGCUGGAGAGCCCUUUGGAGGGCAGCAGGGACUUGCAUCCUUGCCCUUUGCCAAGUUCCCAAAGUGCUCACUUGGCCAUAGACGCCAGCACCAAGUUUGAUUUUGGCCAGCAGGACAGCUCUCCACCUGGGAGUAUUGAGGGAUGUGAGAAAAAGCCCAACGGAGAUAAGUCCUCCUUUCCCAGACCCAAAAAAGGCCUGAAAGGGUUUUUUAACAGCAUCCGGCGUCACCGGAAGAGCAAGGUUGCUGAGUGCGAGAAAGCAGAGCUCUCUGAGUGGACCAGGGACACAGAGGAAGCCAGCAAAGCUCCUGAUGUGGGAGUGGAGAGCCAAGGGGCUGUGGAGGAAGGGGGACUAGGACCUGUCCCUCUUGCCGUGGGCUGCUUGGGCAGCUCGGAGGAUGACCGCUUGGUGGGCACAGCUGCCAACUGUGGUGAGGCUGCCGAGCCUAGCUGUCUCGCAGCUGAUGAAGGCAGCUCUGAGGGCGACAUGGUGGUGAUGUCGGGGAAGAGGGAUGUUCUGGGUAUGAAAUCAGAGGCUGACACUGUUGCCUGUGCAGAGUUUGACCACAGCAAUCUGCUGCUGGCUUUUCAUCCAGACUUCAUGGACAACGACCCUCCCUGCCUACACUCUGGGGACCUGCUAAAUCUCAUCUUGGGAGACGUCACAUCCCUGAAGAGCUUUGAUUCCCUGACGGGGUGUGGUGAUGACAUUGCUGAGCCUGACAUUGCUGAGAGCACCAUCACUGUGGAGCGCAGCAGAGAUGCCGUUAAACGGAGCUCCUGCCUGGUCACCUACCAGGGUGGUGGGGAGGAGAUGGCUAUACCUGAGGAGUCGGAGGAGUACCUCCACCAGAUGUGGAACAGCAACGUGGCAGGGGACAGGAGCUACGGAGCUCAGGUGUCGAGCAGCAGUUUGGAGACACAUGCCUCGCACGAGGCGGAAGCCCACCCCUACAUGGGGGAUGCGAUGGAUGGUGUUGACCUUCUGACGCCGCAGAGUGAUCAGCAAGAGUCUGCCCCUAAUAGUGACGAGGGUUAUUACGACUCCACCACCCCGGGGCCAGAGGAUGAAGCUGGAGAUGGGCUUAGUGAGAUGAAGAAGGACCGUCUUCCCAGAGAUAGUUACAGCGGUGAUGCACUUUAUGAGUUUGACGCACUAAUGAGUCCCUCUCACGGGGAGGAAUCUCUGUUCGAGAGCAAAGUCUCACGCCCGGGGAUCUUCAGCUACUUCUUGGACUUCUGCCUCCCUGCUGAGAAGAGCCUGGUCCAGAUGAUGGAUCAGAAAAGAGGGGUGAUGGAAACGGAAGAAGAGCGACUAGCAGCCAUUCAGAAGGAGCUGCUGUACUGGGAGCUGCAGGGGGAGCCUGUCUUGAAACGACUUGAUAUUACCAGCAAGGAGAAGUGUCCCCGGGAGAAGCAAUGCGUUGAAUGUAAAACUAGAGCAGCCAGCUCAGUUGGCAACAAUCAGAGUGGCCUUGGUAGUGAGCAGGUGGCCUCGCACGCCCCAAACAAGGGUGUGAAUGGUGGGGUUUUGGUGGCUAGAGCUGAAAAUCCAGAGUGGAGGGAUUUUCCAGGGACUCUGUGUCCAGAAAACUGUUACAACAGCCAAAAAGCCCAAGGAAGUUGCCUUAUUCAGCUCACGAAGAACAACCUGGGGUUUGAUUCGGACCCCGAAUGUGGGUUGUUUGGGGGCUCCAUCCACGGUGGCGUGGCCCCAGCCAAAGCAGGGACGUUCCCCAGCUACAGACUCCCAGAGCAGGAGCAUGGCCCUGGAGCAGAGACCACCUCUGACAAGCCCCAGGUGGGCAGCGAACACGAGCCUGAGCACACUGUGAGCUUCUCACAAGCGCUAGUGGAGUUUGCCAGCAGUGGGACCCUCUUCUCCAGCCUCUCUGAAAGUCUGGGGAGCUCUGCCUCCGGCUCUUCCUUCACCCAGAACCUCCCUGCUCUCCCCACCAUGGUCACCUUCGACGUUGUCGAUGUGGAGCAGGAAGGAGAAGGGGAGUGUGAACAGCACCCCGAGAUGAACGCUGGUGAGGACAUUGCCGAGGCCUUUGAUGAUGGCUAUGGACAGAAAGAGUCGUUGGCUGAAUGUGACGAGAGAAUGUCCCCAGGGUACACCCUGGGCUCCUUCCAGAGCUGCAACUGGGGUGUCGCCAGCCUGCCCCGCCACCUGCGCCUCCACGGGCUGAGCCCCUCCAUGCCAGCACCGCUCUCUGUCGACCGGAGGAGCCGGUCGCUUGACACGGAGAGCCUGGAGUUUGAGCUUGCUGACUCACAGGUUGCCAAGAGCGGCCCCCAGCUGAGCCGGCUCUGGUCAAAGCGGGAGGGUGGCAAAAAGGACUCGGGUGGAGCGAGGAGGAGCAGGAGCAAGGAGGAGGGUGAGCUGGCAGCUGCUGAUGGUGGCUUGAGCUGGCCAGGCUUGCAGCACCUCCAACAUGACACUGACGCAGCUGCCGGGGGGAUGAAGCACUGGGGUUUCACUCCAGCCGCUGCCGUGGAGAGUAACUGGGAGCCGUCGGAGCAGUCAGGCACCGUGUCCCCUUUCCUGCCUCUUUCCCAGAGCAUCACUGGAGAGACAAUGGACAGGUGGCCUCAAGAGCCAGAGCUGAACAGGCUCCCGCUCAGGCCUUCCAAUUUACCUCUGCAGACCGACACCAGGUGGUCCCAGGAGGUGGCUGGUUCCUACAGGUACCGUGGAGAAGUCACCACCAAAAAGCUGGCCUGCCUGUUACCCCUGGGGGAGACAGAGCCUGAGCUGCCCCCAGGCUUUAGUUUCUCUUGCUCCCCAGAGAAACGUGUCAAGUGCAAACCCGUUGGCAUCGCCCAGGGCAUGCCUCAGCAUCCCAGCAGUGCCACCGAUGCCGUAAGCAGCCCCGAGCACUGCGGAGAGCCCCUGAAAGGCAGAGCUGCCCCCAGCCACACACUGCCAGCCGGCUGCCGGAGCGCUGCCGUGAAUGUUGCUGAAGCCGAAUAGCUGUGCCGGGGAGGGUGUGAAAAGGGUUGUGAAGGGCAGGGAGGGAGGAAAAUGUUAGCGAGCAAUUUGUGAGAGUGACUUUAUAAUUUAGACCUGGGCUGAUCAGAUGCACUCCUCUCCCACAGCCGUGGUACGUGGUCUUGCUGCUGUGAUGCUCUGGUGGGGUUCGGAGCCGCCUCCGGGAUUCGUACGUUAACACUGAGGCACUUUCUUGUUUUCCGGCGCGAGCCGCCACGCUCCUGAACGCCAAAUGCAGUAGCAGCCACCAGCGUGCACUCACGUUGCUGCUAAAAUAAGAGCUGGGAAUGGACCCAUCGCUAGCACGGCGGGUUUGGGGGUUUUCUGCAGGAUUGGAGCUGAUAGAGCAAGUCUUGGGGAAACUUUUGAGAGAAAUUGGGUUUCUUCUUCCUCUUCUUGGUGAAAUGUUUUGGUUCAGACUCUCUUUGAAUGUCUUCCAUCUCAGUCUCGAUUUGGGGAGGCUGAGAGGAAGGAUACCAGUUAUUUCCAGAGCGAGGAUGGGAGGCGAGUCAGCUGAAAGAGGGCUUUGCAGUAAUGUUUUUAUUUUUAUUUUUAUUUCCCCUUGCCCCAAAGGAAAGCAGGAGCUUUUGUGUGUGUGCUGGUAAUGUUUUCCAGGUCUAGUUUUAAUUUGCUCAAAGAUACUGUGCUUGGAGAGAUGUGCUGUCAAUGGUGUCCCUUUUAAGAACAAAGUGUCCGUCCCUUCUUUGUCAUGGUCUGUCUUCAGAGUGCGUAAUUCUCCGUUAAAGCCUUUCCCGUGUUUUGUCCCACGCUCCUUGCCUCUCCCGGCCCACGACCACAGGGACAAGGUCUUUGAAAUAAGCUAAAUUGGCGUUGUGCCUGUAGCUGUGAAGUUGCAGAUGCUGUUGCUUUCUUCAAAAGGAAGUUUAGUGGGUUGUUUGUUUUUUUUAAAGAAAUAUUUUACAGUUGUUUUCUUUGCAUAAAUUCAUAGGAGGAAAGUAUUCUGUUCAAUGGGAUACAGGAUGUAACGCAGCCUAAAUUGGGCUUCACAACUUCUUCCUCCUAACUGGAGGGAACAAAAAAGCUGGAGGUUGCUGCAGGUUUUGUGUUUCUUUUUCCUCUUUGAAGGAGUGUGGAGGAGGGUUGUGAGCUGUGGGGGCAAACUUUGAGGAGGUUGUACGAGCAAGCUUUUGGAAACAUCUCCUCCAGGCUGUUGGUCCUCGUGUCCUCUGUGACCUCAGACAUGGUUGUCCCUAAACCAAACCUCCCUGUCCAUGGCCUACAAAGCUUCUCCCUCCUUCUGUCCAGGCUCUGUAUUCUGAUUUUAAUUCAGUUACCGAUGAUUAUUUUUGUUCCCAGCCCCAGUUGCCUGUUUUCUGCUUUUCUUUGCAACAGAGUUUGUAGCAUUAAAAAAAAAAUAUUCAUGAACUGGAAAUGUCACCAGAGUUCCCUCCCCUCUCCGGAGCAAAGUGCAGGGUGAAGGGCUGGGCAGAGCCACCCCAACUCACUUUUCCCGCAGGCUCCUGCCCGCGGCCGGUAACCCCCUGCUGCUCUCUCUGCCCGCAGCCCCGUACGGACAUGGCUCUGGUUGGAAAUGUCAGCAGCUCCCUGGCAUCGCUGUGUUUACAGGCACAAGGAGAUGGGUUGGGGUCUUUUUAUUUCCGCCUCCCAAGCAAAAUGAGGUCCCGGUAUUUCUUUUUGCAGUGAAAUUCCUUACUGCUCUGUCCUUGUAUAUCUGUGAAGGAGCGGGGAAGGGCAAAGCUUUGCUUGCCUGUGGUUUGACUCACGUAUGUGUCAUCUUUCCUGACCAGCCUGCUGAGGCUGGAGUAGACCCAUCUGUGUAUCCAUGGGCUUAAACCUUAAGUUUUCAGUAUUUUCCUACCAGUCCUGCUGCAGGGCGCUGCCGCAGGAACCUGCUGUGCCACGUUUCUUUUCUCCUGUCUCUCUGUGGGGUUUUCGUGGAACAAACCCGGGUCUUGAUGCCGCUCCCGCUCUGCAUCCCUCACCUGGAGAGGAGAACGCGGUCGGCCGGCCGGUGGCAGGUCCCCUCGCCUCAGGGUUGUGAGUGCAGUCUCUCGUUAGCACAGCACGUGACCAUCUGCUAAUGAAUAUUGUCUAAUUGGAACAGGCUCCCCUCUUGCUCGCAGUAAGGACAGGGCUGGUUUCGGCACUGCACAUCUCACCGCCACUCACGGAAUGAAAACCACGAGCAAAUACUGCUGGUGGCGUCACGCGGACAGGCACGCACAGUAAUUGCUUGGCCUGAGCAGCAGCCCCUUGCUGUUUUUUUAAUUACUAUUUUAUUUUAGCGUGUCACCAAAGGCAUCUUGAGGGUUAAGGGGGUUUUGCGUAGCGUUUUGUUUAGGCAUGGUGCAGCCUUGGCCAAAGUCUUGGUGAGGUAUGAAAGUGUCUCAGUGCUAAAAUGAAUGUUCAGUUGCAGAUGCAUGUCUCUAGGAAUAAUUCUUUCGGUUGUAGGUACGUAGGGGAAGGCUUAGUUCUAGACUCAAAUGAGUGAAAGCAAUACAGCCAGGACUUGAUAAUCUGACUUUAUACCAAAGGUUUCUCCUCUUAACUCAAUGUGAACUAAUUGAAGCAAAUAUCUAUUGAUUUAAAAUGAGUUUUCUAAAAGCAUUUUUGGAGCUAAUUUGCUGGAUUAUUGGCGUAUUCUGCUCCAUUAACCCAAAGAAAUAAGAUUUUUCAGUAUGCUAACUCAGCCCGUCAAUUGUUGCUGCCACAGGCAGAUUGGAUUUCACUGCCUGACGUACUGCUCUUCCUAAAGUACCUGUCUGUCCCGGGAUAAAUAGGACCAGAUCUUCUGGCCUUGAUCUGGAUCAAGCUGUUAGUCAAAUACUGCCUUACCCAAGGAACUCAAAUUUGAGAGUGCUAAUUGAGGCUUUUUAUAAAAAAGGGCUUCCAAACCAGAAAUAAGUCAUAGAAGUCAGGAAUAGCAGAUUGUCUUGCCAAGAUAUUAAGGAAAACCUUCCCUUGAGGAACUUGCCCGAGUAUGUCCCUUCCAGGGAAGGUCUUGCCUUGAAAGUGAUGAAUUACGGCUGUUAACUUGCGAGGAAACCACUGCCGUUCGGGUCAGUCUACCAAGUAAUUCUGUAUUGCAUUUUGGGGACUUUGGGGUUGGUUUUUUUUUGUUUGUUUGUUUUUAUACACAUAAGAAAAUGGUCGAUUUUAUCUAUUUUUGUAUAGUUUUGCAUUUUAUAUUCAUGGGGAAAUUUUAUGGACUCUUAUUUUACUCGUGUGCGUUGUCUUUCAAAGUGGUGUGGUUUACCGUUCCGAUGGAGAAAAGGCAAUUCUUGCUGCUGCUGCUGCCACUGCCCGUGCAAUGCAAGGAAACCACCUCGCUCCUCAUAUCCUCCUGUAACGUGCUGUUCUGCUGCGUGUCCAGGGCCAGCUCCCAAACCCAGCAGCCGGUCCGUUACCAAUACACACACUCUCGCUUUCACACACUGCUGAGAUGUCUUUGUGUUAAUCCUGCUUUGUCACACUAGUCAACUGUUCUUUCUUUUUUUAAGCAUUGUUUCUAAUCUGAAUUUGUGGACUUUGUGAUUUAUUUUUUUCCCCCCCCUGAAGGUAUUGCUGACCAUCUUUAAACCAGAAACCCGCAAAUUUCAGUUGCGGCUUUUCCUUCUGGUUGCUUAAAUUAUUUUAUCCAAAACUGGGGCUUUUCUUUAAUCCCCAGACAGGAGAUGCUGUUGGUUGGUGCAUGGUGAUGCUCUUGAAUCUGGUGACAGGUUUCCUCUCCCCUUGGUGCUCCCUGGCCAGGUUGGGAGCUCAGUUUUUGCCCUGGCACAGGCAGCAUCGCCUUCUCCGUGUGUGAGGAUUGCUCUUUAAAUAAUCCUGGGGUCCAUACGGGAUUAACGGGGUGUUCCACCUUCUCCUCCUCUCCUGCCACGCCAGGCUGGAGCCGGGGGAGCUCCAGCCCUGUGCCGCCUGCAUUGCCAGCAUCGGUCAAGCAUCUUCCUGGAAUAAUACUGCCUUGAAUUUUGGGAUCAAAAAUGCAAGGAGAGCUUCUGGUAAGCUAAGACCCAACACUAGUUAAUGUGGCUCUUCUUGCUUUUGUUUUUUAUUGAGUUGAAUGAAUAUGCUGCUUUGUUUGUGUGACUCUGUAGGAGUUGUGUCCCUGCAGAGUUUGCAACCCUGCGCGGGGUGUAAGGGCUGAAAUAACUUCUCUGCAGAAGGGCAGGGUGAUUAAUUGGGCAGACAAGAACAAUGUCAAACAGUGACAUGCAAGAAGAAAAUUAAAUGCUGAAAAGCUAAAAGAUUACAGCCAAAAGCCAACUUUUUCACCUUCUCUCUCCGCCCGCCAGUGCCAGCAGAGAUGGCAAUUGCUGCUGAGCCAUUUGGCUGUGCAUAGAUUUUUAUGUCUUUUAAUUAAAUAGCUCUUCACCUAAUGGCAAUUUUUAAAUUUUUUUCUCAGAUGGGUUUGGCCUCGUUCCCAGCAUGGGGACUGGAGGGGCAGGUGGCUCAGCAAACAUUCCUGGGGUGCUCGGACCCGCGCUGCAUUUCACAUUCCCUCCACCUCUUAAUUUUGCAGCUCCCUCCUCUCCAGCUGGGGCUGCCUGCUCUUCUUGCUGGUAUUGAAUCAUCCUAGAAGCUACGCUUGGGUGAAGUGGUAAAUUAAAAAAAACCCUCUUGGUUCUAAAGAAAAAAAAAAUUAGCCCUUGUCCCAGGUCAGCCCGUGCGUCCCCGCUGCCUCGUGCUGCGGGUGGCUGCAGAGCUGGUCUGCAGGCGCCCUGGGAGCAGAAGCGGCUCCUCCCAGGUGACUGACUUAUCUGAAUUUUGGGGUUGGUUUUUUUUUGUUUUCUUUCUGGUCUCAUUGCUAUUAGUCCUUUAAACUUUUUAAUGUAUUGAUUGUGUUUUAAAAUGAAUGUUCCUUUCACUGAACUCUAAGGAAUAAACCAGAUUUUUAGAGAA